AUGACUACCAUACCAGUGACGACCGAAAACCUGGUCCCGGGGCUGAAUCAGUCCAGGUUCAGACUCACGGGUCCCUACGGAGAUUGGCGCGACGAGCUCCAGUCCCAAGGCUACGUGGUGAUCAAAAAUGCCAUCGCGCCGGCAAGAGCCAAGCACUAUCAACAAAAGGCACUGGAUUGGCUGACAUCCUUUGACACCGAGCUCGAUCUGAACAACCCAUCCACAUGGACGGUGGACAAUCUCCCAUUUCAAAGCAAAGUCAACACGUUCAACAAGUACGGCGUGGCACACGAGAAAUUCAUGUGGGACGCUCGCAUGGAACCCGCGGUUCUCGAGGCAUUCUCCACCAUCUGGGACACGGAUGAGCUUCUCGUCUCAUUCGAUGCCCUCAACGUGACACUGCCCAAUCGGGCCGAUAAGCCUGCGCAAAGACCCUGGCCGCAUGUUGAUCAAUCGCCUCUGCGACGAGGUCUACAUUGCGUCCAGGGAAUUAUCAACCUGAGUCAUGCGGGCCCCGAAGACGGAUCCCUCAUUGUCCUGCCACGAUCAAAUACCGCGACGGAACACUUUUUCGACACGGAGACUGAUCCCUCAACAUGGGAAUCGAAAGAUAUUCGCUUCAUCAGCGAGAGUGAGAUGAAAUGGUUCGAGGCCCGUGGAAUGAACCCGCUCAAAGUCAUGGCCGAGCCGGGUGAUCUGCUUCUUUGGGAUUCGCGGACUGUUCACUGGGGAGGGGAGCCCACAGCCAAGAGUGACACCAUCCGAACAGUCAUAUAUGUCUCGUAUUCCCCGGCGAAAUGGGCGAGAUCCGAAGAGCUGGAGCGGAAACGGGAAGCAUUUGAAUCGUUCCAUGCAACGACCCAUUGGGCUCAUGAUAAUAUUGUGCCUCGUGAGAAGGAAGCCUAUCUCCCGGACGGCAGCUGGGAUCCUCGGAACCGGUCAGAACCAUUGGAGAAGCCCGAGCGUUCUAAGAAGUUACUUCAACUUGCUGGUGUAGAGUCAUAUACUUAG